ACCCACUACUUCCCACUUUCAUUGAUACAAGCCCAUUUUAAUUGCUCGUUAUUCAGAUGGCAUGUCAAAAGUCACUGUAAUUAAAGUGUUUAGGUGCAGCUUGUGUUGCCUCACCGAUCAUCAUCAUCAUAGUGUGAGAUCAUCCAGACAAACACGAAAUCCGUUCAUUUCCCUUAUCACGGAGGAAUGCUACACAUUACAGUCCAGGGAAUCUUAUCUGGUCAGGGAGGGGUUCACGUUUUUUCCAGGCCCUCCAGGAAUAGCACAUUUGCGUGCAUAAAGCAGGGAAAAUGAGUGCGGGAAAUCCGAGUGGUCUCAAACCACCCACCAAGAUUGGAAAAGCAGCACCUGCUUCACCAACCAAAACCUCGCCCAGCUCAGAUGGUGCCAAAGCUGUAACAUCUCCAACCUCUAAUUCGGCCCAAGAUGCUGUGUCAGAUUUCUCUGUCGGUGAACGAGUUUGGGUCAAUGGAAAUAAACCAGGUUAUGUGGAGUUCAUUGGAGGGACCCAGUUUGCACCGGGCCAAUGGGCGGGAAUUGUUCUAGAUGAAUCCAUCGGGAAAAAUGACGGCUCUGUGGCCGGAGUGCGCUACUUCCAGUGUGAGGACUUGCAAGGUAUAUUUACUCGGCCCUCCAAACUGUCCCGCACUCCAGUGGCAGAGCGUGAAGCCAAUGGCAUGCAGACACCCGCCAACAAGACAUCCACUUCCCCUGCCAAAGAUCCUGUUCCUGUCACUCAAACCACUAGUGCAACAACCAAGACCACAACAAACCUAACCAGGGCCACCAGCGAGUCUGCAUCCAAUCUGUCUGAGACGGAUUCGGCCAAGAAGUUGCAGCAGGAACUGAAGUUGGGUGAUCGUGUGCUGGUUGGUGGAACCAAGGCAGGUGUUGUGCGUUUUUUGGGCGAAACUGACUUUGCGAAAGGUGAUUGGUGUGGUGUUGAGUUGGACGAACCUCUUGGCAAGAAUGAUGGGGCAGUGGCUGGUGCAAGGUAUUUCCAGUGCCUACCAAAGUACGGACUAUUCGCUCCUUCUCACAAAGUCAUCCGCAUCGGAUUCCCAUCCACCACUCCUGCUAAAUCCAAAACCUCCAGGCGCAGGUCGACCCUAAAGAACAGCACCAGCGCGUCCUCCAUCAGCUCCCUCAGCUCUGUCACCUCCUCAGUUGGAGGCAAACCCAGCCGAGCAGGCCUGCUCACAGAGACGUCGGCUCGGUACGCGCGGAAGAUCUCAGGCACCACGGCCCUGCAGGAGGCUCUGAAGGAGAAGCAGCAGCACAUCGAGCAGCUCCUGGCCGAGCGGGACCUGGAGAGGACGGAAGUGGCACGAGCCACAAGUCAUGCCGGAGAAGUGCAGCUAGAGCUGGGGCUGCUCAGACAGGGCCAGGAUCAGUACGCUCUGGAGAUGGAAGCCAAGUUGGACCAGUUGCGGAGACUCGUGGAAACUGCAGACAGAGAUAAAGUGGAACUGAUGAAUCAACUGGAAGAGGAAAAAAGAAAAGUGGAGGACCUGCAGUUCCGUGUAGAGGAAGCUUGCAUUACCAAAGGUGACCUAGAGACGCAGACCAAACUGGAGCAUGCCCACAUUAAGGAGCUCGAACAGAGUCUUCUCUUUGAAAAGACCAAAGCAGACAAACUCCAGAGGGAGUUAGAGGAUACUAGGGUGGCCACGGUGUCUGAGCGCUCCAGGAUCAUGGAGCUGGAAAAGGAAGUGUCUGACCUGCAUCUUCAGCUGAGAACUCUCCGGGCCGAGACCACAGGAUCAGCUUCACCUCCAUUACAAGACAAAAAGAUCAAGGAGUUGAACUUUGAGUUAGAGAACAGACAGAAGGAAGUUCUCCUGUUCCAGCAGAAACUCACUUCCUCUGAACAGGAUAAAACAUGCCUCCAGGAACAGCUGCAAGAUCUGAAACAGAAACUUGACACCGCAUCAGAGGACAAUAACAAAGCAACACUAGCCAUGCAAGAAAUAGAAAGCACCAUGAAAAUUCAGAGAGAGAAGCUGGAUCAGGUGUCCAGGGAGAAGGAAGAGCUGCAGAGGGAUGUGUCCGUCCGGCAGCAGCAGGAACAGGCGAAGGAUGAAGAGAGAGAUCUUCAGAUGAAGGAGCUGAAGGAGAAGUUGGGCCGAACAGAAGGAGAGAUGAACAGAAUCACAGAGAGGAGUGCUGAGCUUGAACGGCAGGUGCUGGAACUGAAAGCCAUCAAAUUUGACCAAACCCAGAGUUUACAGUCUGAUGAAAAGCUGAAGCAGAUGAUGAAUAGGAAUAAAGAAUUGCAGGAGGAGCUUGAGGUCCUGAAGCAGCAGAAAUCUCAGUAUCAGGAGCAGCUGAGUUCAGAAACGCAGAACAUCGACAGCCUCCACAAAGAAAUUGAGGAGCUAAAACUGUCAUCCAGUCAGACGUCUCCGAGGCAGGUGUUGCUCCAGGUUGAGAAAUGUAAACUGGCUCAGGAGUUGGACAUCCACUCACAGCAGCAUGGCAGCGAAGCUCUGACUAGCCAGCGGGAGAUUACACAGAGGGAGAACUCUAAUGCAACGAUGUCCGAUAAAGACAAGGAACUAGAGACACUACGCAAUGAGAUUGCAGUGCUUCGUGUGGAAAAUGCCAUGGCCAAGACACUCCAGUCAGCCGUGACGUCUCUGGAGAGGGACAAAGGCCAGCUGCAGAGCCGAGUGAACAGCCUGGAGCAAAAGCUGGAGGGCCGGCAGACAGGGAACCGAGAGGAAGUCACUUCAGGUGAUGCUGCUAUAGACCAACUGAGAGAAGAGAAAGAGUUUGCUGAGGGACAGAUCAACUUCCUGAACUCAGUCAUUGUGGACCUCCAGAGGAAGAAUGAGGAACUAAAGGUGAAGCUGAAGAAAAUGGCAUUGACCGAGUUUAAUGGAAAUGAUGAACAUGAUGGCCUUGGUGAGGUGAACAAGAAGAAGAAAGCCCCACCACGUGUUUUCUGCGACAUCUGUGACUGCUUCGACCUGCACGACACAGAGGACUGUCCCACUCAAACGCAAUCCCCAGACUCGCCUCCACACACCACGUACCAUGGGAGCCGCAGCGGUGAACGACCGUACUGCGACAUCUGCGAGGCAUUCGGUCACUGGACAGACUCUUGCAACGAUGACCAAACCUUCUGAACUUUCCCUCAACCCCUCGGCCUGUGAGCAGGCUAUGCACAGAUCGCUUUUGACCAGAUUAUACGCUAUUUUUGUACAUUUUAACCUCUUGAACAUUCCCUAAAUGAUCUGCCCAAAUGAAGGCUAAAGUGUGCUGCAUUGAUGGAAUUACAAUGUUCAAUGAUUCAACGUUAUGAAGGCGAGAGAUAUUUCUACGUGUUAUCAGUACUGUUUCGUAAGUUUUUCACUGUCCUGUGUGGAUUGAUCUAAUGAUGAAUUACCAGCAAGAAAUUUUGGAAUGGUUAAGCGAUACUUUGCAGUGUACUUAACUGCCGUGUGUAAUUUCUAAUGACACAAAUUGGAAUGACUGUUUCCAAACAGGUUUCCUUUUUUUCUUCCAUUGUAGCUCCGCCCCAAACUCACGCUAUUGGUCGAGUCAGAAGUUGACGUUGUAGGACAGCAAUGUUUUGAAGGUGCUACAAAGCUGCAGCCUGUGUUCGGAUUGGAAAAUUUUGAUAAAAAUCAGAGAUUUUAAUUUCAGCUUGUCCAUUACACACAAAAUCGACUCAUGUCGAGCACAUUACAUUGUGGAUUUGAUGGUAGAUUGCAAAUUUUCACCCAGGUAUUCUAUGUAUACUGAAAUUAUACAUACUAGACACAAUGUACAUACUGUAGUAUGGUAGUAUGCUAUUCCGAACAUAGCCACAUUUGCACUUUUUGUAAUUCGCCCUACAAAUGGUUUACUUAUAGUUGUCUCUACAGUGCACCAAACAAAGCUGAAGCUAACAACUAUUAACUUAUUGCACUUCUCACUUUAAACGUAUACAGCACAUGAAUUUAACUGCCAUUGUUUGGAAGUAAGUUAUUAUUUUUACUUUUAAAAGUGAGACAUAUAGUUAUAAUAUUGUCAUAUGAAUGGCUUUUUAUGUGUAUUUUGAUGGUAUUUCCUGUAGAUUUCAGGCCUAUUCACACCAAGUCCGAAUUUUCGGCACAAAAUAAAUGCAAUGCAAGAUUUUAUGAUUAAACCUUUGUGUACGAAUCCAAGAUUUAUUUUAAAAUAGAGAACAGUUACUUUAGAUAUCCAGACUUCUUUUAAGAGAAUGAAAAAAAUGUUGCAACAAAAUAUAGUGCAGAAUAGUUUUGGUGCAAAAAAAAGGGUUUCCAAAUAUUUUAAAAUUCCAUGUAUUUUCUCAAACUUGGUGUGAACAGAGCUUUACUAAAGCACAAUUUUUAUGACAAAAUCAUGAUGUACCUCAUAUUGUUGAUGUAAUUUUAACAACAAUAAUCUUCAAGUGUUAGAAUUGGUUGCCUGCAAUGAAAUGGUGCACAAGAUUAUAUUUAAUAUGUAUAAUUUUCAUGAUUAUUGCCUUUUUAUUUAAAUUAAUUAGAUUUAAAAAAAUUACGUUCUGUUUGUACUGAAAUAUUGUCUAUAUAAUAUAUAAUAUAGUCUUUAACUAUUGUACUGUUGUACUGUAUAUUCACUUGAACUCAAUACAAACAUUGAACAGUU